GAGGGGGGCGGGGAGGAUGGAGGAUCUGGCACGAGAGCUGAGAAACGAAACUAAGCUUUAUAAUAAUAUGUUAGAGCCAACUUCCACAUCAAACAGCGAGAAUCCUCCAGCAGCAAGCAGGCUAAAAGGACGUGGCAUCAGGAUUAGGAGAUGCAGACGGUUGUCACUCAGCCUGGGGUUGUCACCACGCAGACAGUGACUGUCAGCCAGGGGCCACGAUGGAGCACCGAUAUGUGUGACUGCUGCGAUGACUGCGGCAUCUGUUGCUGUGCUCUCUGGUGCUUCCCCUGCAUGCAAUGUAACACAGUCAGUGAAUUUGGAGAGUGUUUCUGUCUGCCAUUGUUGGAUCCGAUGUUCAUGGGAUACGUUGGCUGUAGUGGGCUCUGUCCUCCUAUGACGAUUGCCAUGAGAGCCGCUGUCCGGGAGAGACACAAGAUUCAUGGCUCGAUCUGUGAUGACUGCGUUCGCUCCUGCUGCUGCUACUCCUGCACUUGGUGUCAGAUGGCCCGGGAGAUCCGACGGAGGGGAAAUUACUCCACGGUCACCACCGCACAGACCACCAUCCUGAGCAACGUGCCCCUGAUGCCCCAGAGUCAAGGCUACUCUCCUCUCACUGAAUACUAAGCAAUAUUCUGAGUUGUAGUAACCCAAGUCAACCAAUCAGCGCUCAUUUUCCUUCACCAGAAAACUGAUUGGUUGUUGGGCUGUUGCGCUUUCUUAUUGGAUCUUUACACUGCCUUGUAGAAUAGUCUCCAUGGAGAAAUGUGCCGCCAAUCUGAAUUCAUUUAUUGAUGUGACCAACUGAUUUCUAGAGUAGCCCCAUAGCUACCUCUCUGCCGAUCUAACACUGCCAUGAUUGCAGCCAUAUUGAGAGAGUCUUUGAAGCAGAACUCCAUGAGAAUUUAUAAAAAUUGCUACCCCCCCCCCCCUGCUAUGAGGCUCCCCCAUAACUAUCUGAGUUAACCGCUUAAGGACAGCCGCACGCAGAUAUACGUCGACAGAAUGGCACGGACAGGCAGAUGGGCGUACAGGUACGUCCCCUUUAAUUUGCCGCUGUGUGGUCGAGCGUGCACCUCCAGCGGCGCGCUCUUAACCCUGUCGCAAGCUCCAUGACCGCCUGCGGGACUCAAUGUCCGCCGGUGUCACGCGAUCGUGUCCCGAGAUUGUGCAAACACAACAUCUCCCCGUUCUUCCUAGUGACAUGUCACUGAUCGAAUGCUCCCUCUCAUCGGGAGCAGCGAA